CGCAGGAUUGUGGGCGGGACUCAAUUGGACCUUUUUUUGUUCUCCAAUUGACUCUUCCUCUCUCUCUCCCAUUUCCGUGUACCGACUUCACAUAAAGUCCUUGACAGCUUCCAUUAUGUCUUAUGGCCCGACCAACAGGUUGCUCGUUGCUUUGGAUGGAAAGGGCCGGCAAACGGUUACGUCCCGUAUAUCCAUUCCAUGUGGAGAAGUGAAGAACUGGAUUCAAUUCAGUACUAGUAAACUUCAGUUCAGAAAGCUGGGAGCCCAGAGACGCAGAGAGACGUCCGGCUUGCUCCGCUUAUUGUUCCUGGCGCCAAUCAUGGACCCUGUUCGUCCUGAAAAGCUGGGUGGCUACCUGCUCGUCUUACUCGGAUGGUUCAGUCCUGAAGUGCCGUCACUGCCAAUCAGCAUCGGCCUCCCGUAGCUAAGACCAAGUUAUCGGAUCUCGGGAACAAGUCGUAUUUUCACCGAUCCAGGGCGGUUCUUCUCGCCGCGGGCUCCUCCUCUACGCACAGCAAAUCGCAGCAAGUGGUGGGCCACCGGAAGCUCGGAACCAAUGAUGGGAAAGGAGGAAACCUUUUUUCUUUCUCUUUCGUUUACCCAAGUCCA